AUGUCUCUUUUGGUUCAGUCUGUUGCCGAAUUGGCGGAGGAUAUAUGGGAUCGUUAUGGCCAUGAUUUUGGAACUGAUUAUUCUGGACUAUUCAAAGCUCUUUCCCAUGUUAACUACAAUGUACGAGUAGCUGCUGCAGAGGCAUUGGCUGCUGCUUUAGAUGAAAACCCAGAUACCAUACAGGAAUCUCUUUCAGCGUUAUUUUCCUUGUAUAUUCGUGAUGUUGGUUCUAGUGGGGACAACAUUGAUGCUGGUUGGCUAGGCAGACAAGGGAUAGCAUUGGCUUUACAUUCUGCGGCAGACGUGCUUAGAACCAAAGAUUUACCUGUUGUUAUGACUUUCUUGAUCUCACGAGCACUGGCUGAUACUAAUGCAGAUGUUCGUGGAAGAAUGAUUAAUGCUGGUAUUAUGAUUAUUGACAAGCAUGGAAGAGAUAAUGUAUCCUUGUUAUUUCCGAUUUUUGAGAACUACCUGAACAAAAAGGCCUCAAAUGAAGAAAAAUAUGAUUUGGUCCGUGAAGGUGUGGUUAUUUUCACUGGAGCUUUGGCAAAGCAUUUGGCCAAGGAUGAUCCUAAAGUUCAUGCUGUUGUAGAGAAGUUGUUGGAUGUGUUAAACACUCCAUCUGAAGCUGUUCAACGGGCAGUCUCAACUUGCCUAUCUCCCCUUAUGCCAUCAAAACAAGUAUGUUUUUGGUGCUGCCUAUGA